UGUCAGGGGACAAGCAGGGGAUCCCAGGCAGGAAGGGAGUGAGGAGGGCAGUGGGAAGGCGAGGAGCUUUGGGGCGAACAGGACUCCGGGCUGGCCUCUGCAGAAAGAGUGAGCGGAGGGGUAGUGGAGGAGCUCCUGCUGCGUCUACCCGGCCUGGGGACCAACUAGGGGGAAGGGAAAGCUAGAGAGCGGUGUCACCCUGCAGGCUCCGGUGGAAAUUUCUGCUCUGUCCUUCCUUGGGCUUGUCUCUGGGCAGUCCACACUCGGAGGCAGGGCGCUCAGAACUGAACGUUUCCAGGGCUCUCGCUUCGACCCUUGACCUUUCCUUUUCAACUGCUCUGAGGCGACUCUGCGCGUGCCCCCAACCCGGUUCCUUUCCCUUUUCUGUGGCGUCCUGGUGUUGGGCAUCUGUUCUCAGCGUAAGCUAAGCAUGGGGCCAGCGAGGCUCCUGAUGAGUCUAGUGGACCAGGCGUGGGGACACCGCCCCAGCUCCUCAGAUUACAACCUGUUUGGAAAUUAGGCAGAUACUGCAGCUGGAUGCGGUGCUACUAACUCGCCUACAUCAUACUAUGCAGCAGUAACAUGUUCCCGGCGUUGGAAACAGAGCUGAAGCAGGAGACUCUUCCUGAUCCCUAUGAGGAUUUUAUGCACCAUCACCUCCAGUAUUAUGGAUAUUUCAAAGCUCAGAAAAGCAGCCUACCAAACUCAGCCACUCACCAACGUGCUUGGAGGAACAGCCCUCGGUACGUGUUGAACGGCUCUUUUGGGGAAAGAGAUGACUUCAUCUCGGACAGCUUGGAAAAAGAGAUGCUUCUAUCAAUGUUCCCUGAGUUGAAAAUGCAGGAACUGGGAUAUAGAUGUAUCCUUUGGAGAUGGGCCCCCACAGUUCAUCUCUGCAUUGUGUCCAGGCCGACCUGUUUAUCUUCAACUGGGCACGCUCAGAUAGACGCUGUAAACAGAGGUAUCAAGCUUCAGAUAAACUCACUUCUGCUGAGCUCACCACUUCUUAGGAGCAGACAGCUUCUUUUUGAUGAGCAGGAUGAAAUAAACCCACGUCUUCGAGAACCCCGAGAACUCUUCUCAUGUUUCUCUAGCAGAGGGCCACUGCAGGCUCCAAGAUGGCCAAUAGAAUGUGAGGUCAUCAAGGAAGACAUUCAUCACAUUGAGUGGGUUCCACUUCAACCAGAAUACUUUUACCAACCUACAGGGAACGAAAAGAUUCCAGAGAUUGUGGGAGAAGAGCAAGGCACAGUUGUGUACCAGCUAGAUUCAGUGCCUACCGAAGGUACCUUUUUCACCAGUUCCAGAAUAGGAGGCAAACGCGGAGUCAUCAAGGAACUUGCUGUUACACUGCAAGGGCCAGAAGAUAAUACUCUGUUGUUUGAAUCAAGGUUUGAGAGUGGGAAUCUGCAGAAAGCCGUCCGAGUAGGUAUCUAUGAGUAUGAACUCACCUUGCGAACUGACCUCUACACUGACAAGCACACGCAGUGGUUUUACUUCAGAGUUCAGAACACCAGAAAAGAUGUUACCUACCGCUUCACAAUCGUCAACUUGCUGAAACCCAAGAGCCUUUACGCAGUAGGGAUGAAGCCGCUCAUGUACUCUCAGUUGGACGCCACCAUCUCCAACAUCGGCUGGAGGAGAGAGGGCCGUGAAAUCAAGUACUAUAAGAACAACAUGGACGAUGGGCAGCAGCCCUUAUACUGUCUCACCUGGACCAUUCAGUUUCCUCAUGACCAGGACACUUGCUUCUUUGCACACUUUUACCCAUACACUUACACUGACCUGCAAGGCUAUCUCUUGUCAAUAGCCAAUAACCCCAUCCAAUCUCAGUUCUGCAAGCUCCGAGCCUUAUGCAGGAGCUUAGCAGGGAACACUGUCUACCUGCUGACCAUCACCAAUCCAUCCAGGACCGCUCAAGAGGCAGCUGCAAAGAAAGCCGUGGUGUUGAGCGCCCGUGUCCACCCUGGAGAAAGUAACAGCUCCUGGAUCAUGAAUGGCUUUUUGGACUUCAUCCUUAGCAACUCUCCAGAUGCCCAGCUCCUCAGAGAUAUCUUUGUCUUCAAGGUGAUUCCCAUGUUAAAUCCGGAUGGCGUGAUAGUGGGGAAUUAUCGGUGUUCGUUGGCUGGAAGGGACUUGAACAGGCAUUAUAAAACUGUUCUUAAGGAUUCCUUCCCUUGCAUUUGGUACACCAAGAACAUGAUCAAAAGACUUCUGGAAGAAAGAGAGGUUCUCUUGUAUUGUGAUUUCCAUGGCCACAGCCGCAAGAACAACAUCUUCCUGUAUGGCUGUCACAGCAACAACCACAAGCACUGGCUUCAUGAGCGGGUCUUUCCUUUAAUGUUGAGCAAGAACGCACCAGACAAGUUCUCUUUCGACAGCUGUAACUUUAAGGUCCAAAAAUGCAAAGAAGGAACAGGAAGAGUUGUGAUGUGGCGGAUGGGCAUCAUCAACAGCUACACCAUGGAGUCUACCUUUGGCGGGUCUACCCUGGGUAGUAAAAGAGACACUCACUUUACCAUUGAGGACCUGAAGUCCCUAGGUUAUCAUGUCUGUGACACUAUUCUGGAUUUCUGUGAUCCUGACCAAACCAAGUACACUCAGUGCCUACAAGAGCUUAAGGAGCUCUUACAACAGGAAAUCAACAAAAAGUUGAGUAACUUUGGACAAGAUAUGGAUUUAGAAGGAAACUGGAGUGACAUUCCUUUGUCUGACAUUGAAUCCAGCACGAGCGGCUCGGACAGUUCACUCUCGGAUGGUCCUCCCAUUCCUCUAAUGAACAUAGCAGAUGAGCCAAAUCAGAAGAUGCUGUUAAAGAAUCCAAAAAAGAAGAGACUUCAGACUAGAAAACAGCGGAAUGAACAGUACCAGAAGAAUUACUUGAUGCGGGAGUUAAAGUUAACAGAAAACACCCCAACACAGUUAAGUGGAAGAGAGAAAGGCACCUCCCUGGAUCUACCACUGACCAGCCCUAAGAAUAAAGAAAUAAUUCAGAGUAAGAAGCCAGGCUUUACAGCAUCAUACUCUCCAAAGAGAAGCACAAACUCCAGCCUAGGGCCAGCUCCAGAUCUGAAGCCAAACUGGUCUAAGACUAGAUACUCUGCCACAAGGAAGGACCAUGCCGCCAUGGCAGUAUACCCAUCCUUGCAUAUAUACACAUACCCAUAGAAUACUUUUGCCAUGACACCCAACUGCUUCUUCCAAAGGUUUUCGGGUAGUUUUGUUGGUUUGUUUUGUAUGCAAUGCUGGGGACCAAACCUAGGGCACUGAGCAUACAAGACAAGUGCUUUACCAUUGAGCUGUGUCUCCAGCUCUCCUGAAAAGGCUGUGGGUUAUACACAUUUUAUAAGGGAGGAAAUCUAUGAAUAAAAUGGAAACUCUAUUUACGGUAUACUUUGUUGUACACUCACCACACACUGACCUGCACUCUGGACUUCCACUGUGCACUAUCCUUAGAUGCAUGCCUUGUUGUCUUGUGAAUUUGUUAGGUUUUUUUCUUAGAUAAGAUUAUAUUUUGAUGUAUAGAAAAGCCUUUAUUGAAAGCUGAAGCCUGUACUCAAAAAGACAGAACAGUAUAUAUACUUCACUUUAACCAAUAGAUGUUCUCUUUAAAGUUAGAUGCAAAUUAAUUUUAAAAGAUCAAGCUUUUAAAUGUGGUUUGGGAAUGUGCCAUAUGAAAAAGUCUUGUGUCAAAGUUUUCAAAUGGUGACUGACCAGCCAGACUGUGGUUAUAUUAGGUUUGCUCAAAGUAAGGUAUUCCUACAUAGAAAAAAAAAAACAAUUACAUGUAUUACUUAGAAUUUAAUGUUGCUUAUCUAUUAUGUUCAACAAAGUUGUGUAAAUUUUUAAUUCAAUGAUUAAAAUUCUUUCUCUCUUG